CGAAACUCUCUCCGACUUCCUCUCUAAGCAACAAAAGACGCUGCUUUUCUACAUGAUUUCAUGUUGCUGAUAAGACCCGGGAAUUAUAGGCGAACAAAGUUGAAGUGGGUUUCACGGGUCGACCCGAUUUCUCGUUUUUGUUUUCGUCUUUCUUGAGCUUUGUCCACAUACCUUCUCAUUUCUGUCUCAAAAGCUGCCAAUACCAUGAAUAGGGUUCUUGCAAGGAAACUUGGGACAAAUGUCUGUGGAACAAAGAUUUUGCGGAGGACUUGUUCAACUGAUGUGACACAGAAAUUCUCUAGUUCUGGUUCUAAUGAGAGCAAUGCAGAAAAGAAUUCUAUGAAUGAUAGUCCGCAACAUGACAUUGCUAUUGUUGGUGGUGGAAUGGUUGGAAUCGCUUUAGCUGCUUCAUUGGCAAGCAAGCCAUUGACAAAGCACUUGAGUGUUGCUAUUAUUGAUAAUAAUCCUCUUUUGGGGAGAAAGAAUAUAAUAGAGAAAGGGCACCCACCUGAUCCCAGAGUCAGUACAGUCACACCUGCAACAAUAUCCUUCCUCAAAGAUAUUGGUGCUUGGAGAUACAUUGAGGAACAGCGACAUGCGUAUUUUGAUAAAAUGCAGGUCUGGGACUACACGGGCCUUGGAUAUACAAGAUACAAUGCUAAAGAUGUCGAUCAAGAUAUUUUGGGGUGUGUUGUGGAGAAUAAAGUUCUUCAGAGUUCUCAGCUAUCUUGUGUACAGGAAUCAGAUCUCCAGAAGACUGUUUACCCCGCACGGUUAAACGCGAUGGAUAUGCUACCUAGCUCUUCGUUGACUGGUCUUGGUGAAGUUCCAUCCACAACAGACUUGUAUAUGCGAGGCCGCCUUGCUAAGCUGGAGCUAAGCGAUGGAAACAGCGUCUAUGCAAAACUAGUUGUAGGUGCCGAUGGGUCUAAGUCGCGUGUGAGGGAGUUGGCAGGGAUCAAAACAACUGGAUGGAACUACUCACAGAACGCUAUCAUUUGCACAGUUGAGCACACAGUCGAAAACUUCACAGCUUGGCAACGGUUUUUACCAAAUGGCCCCAUCGCGCUUCUUCCCAUUGGUGACAAGUUUAGCAACAUAGUAUGGACUAUGGAUCCAACGGAGGCGUCAGAACGCAAAUCGAUGAGCGAGGAUGGCUUCAUCAGAGCUGUAAACGACGCUCUGGAUUAUGGAUAUGGUCCACAUCCAGGGGAAACGAGUUCGCAGGGGAGUCUCUCUUGGCUUACAGGAGAUGUGACCAUAUCUGCCAAGGAGAGGUUCGAAACUCCACCAAAGGUUGUGAAGCUUUCUUCAGAGAGAAUGAUGUUUCCUUUGUCUUUAAGGCAUGCAAAAGACUAUGUGUCAAAGCGUGUGGCUUUGGUCGGUGACUCAGCUCAUACUGUUCACCCGUUGGCUGGUCAAGGAGUUAAUCUAGGAUUUGCAGAUGCGUCUGCUCUCUCUAAAGCUAUCGCUGAGGGUAUUGCUCUUGGCACUGAUAUAGGCGAGACGAAUCUGCUCAAACGAUAUGAAGCGGAGAGAAAGCCUGCAAAUAUAGCAAUGAUGGCGGUUUUAGACGGAAUCCAGAAGAUGUACGCAGUGAAUUUCGGACCGUUAAAUGCGUUCAGAGCGGCUGCGUUUCACGGGGCUCACUACAUUUCGCCGCUUAAGAAGCGUAUCAUAUCGUAUGCUUCAGGAGAACAGUCUUUGCCACUCUUUUCUUGAGAACACCAGUCUCUGAUCUGAGAGACAAUGUAUCAAAAACUCUGAAUCAUCCUCUUCUUUUGCCUUACAUAUACUUUAAUGGUGACUGAAAACAGCUUCUGGAGCCAACGUUUCAAAUAAGCCUGUUCAUGUCAUAUGACCGUGUAAUCUAGAAUUUUUAUAUCUCAGUCAAUAAAAUCUUGCAUUUUCGGACACGGCCACAUGG